AUGUCGUCGUGGGUAUUGGCGGAGGGCCUGACCAGCGAGGUGACCUGCCCGAUUUGCCUGAACCUGUACCAGGAUCCGGUGAGGCUGGAGUGCGAGCACAACUUCUGCCGGGCAUGCAUCGCCGACGCCUGGGGCGAGCUGGAGUCGGGCUUCAGUUGCCCUCAGUGCCAGGAGACCUUCCCCCAGCUGCGGCUCAAGAGCAACCGGCUGCUGGCCAACAUCGUGGAGAGGGUCCGGCAACUCCGGCUCGAUGCCGCCCCGAUCCCCUCGGCUGAUUCGGGGCCCGCACUCUGCCCCCUCCACGAAGAGAAGCUCAAGCUGUACUGCCAGGACGAUCAGCAGGCCAUCUGUGUGGUGUGCGGAGUCUCUAAGGAGCAUAAGGGGCAUCGAAUCGUGCCCAUUCACGAGACUAUGCAGUACUGCCAAGAAAAGCUAACUGAAUCUUCAGGGGAACUGGAGAAGCGGGUGGAAGCCAUCAGUAGGAUCGAAGCCAGUCAGGAAAAGGCAGUCCUGGAACUCAAGGACAAAACGGAGACUAUAAAGAAUCGCAUCGCCUCGGAGUUCGACGCGCUGCACAACUUCCUGCAGGAGGAGCAGGAUGUGGUCCUGGGCAGGCUUCGAGAGGAGGAGCACAAGCUCCUGCAAGAGAUGCAGGAGAACCUGAAGAAGCUACACGCAGAGAAAUCCACCCUGGAAACCAUGCUCGCCAGCAUUCAACAAAGACUCCACGAGGAAGACCCAGUUUGCUUACUUCAGGGGCUCCUGUUUUCAUCCACAGUAAUUCUUUUAUUAGAUGACACAGUCAAGUGGUACCAUUUCCCUUCUGUAUUCACAUGGAACUUUGUUCAGGUUCUCUUUCGAGAGAUAACGCAAUUAGUUAAGGCUGAUGUCAAAGACCUAUCGGAAAGGCUGAAGCAAGACAUUGCAAGUUGUGAGGUCGUGCCUGCCCGAAGGUUGAACAUCGGGUCAUUUCAAGGCCCCUUGCAGUACGCGGUGUGGAAGAAGAUGAGAAACCGGAUCAGUCCAGUGCCAGCCCCGCUGACCCUUGACCCUCGCUCCGCCAACCCGUACCUGGUGCUCUCAGAGGAUUUGACUGCCGCCAAGUAUUCCUACACCUCGCAACAGCUUCCCGACAACUUGGAGCGCUUCGACUUCUGCGCCUGCGUGCUGGCCUCGGAGGGGUUUGAGUCUGGCAAGCACUACUGGGAGGUGGAUGUGGGCAGACAGCCGGACUGGGACGUAGGGGUAGCGGCGGAAUCCAUCGACCGGGAGGGCUGGGUAAUUCUCACCCCGGAGAACGGCUUCUGGACCUUCGGCCACGUGGAGCGCUCCAGGAUCGGCGUCUACCUGGACCACGAGGAGGGCCAGGUGUCGUUCUAUGACGCUGAGGACAUGGCCCACCUCCAUACCUUCGUGGACACCUUCAGCGAGAAGCUCUUCCCGUUCUUUUAUCCCAGCGCAGACACCAACACCAACCCUCUCAAAAUCUGCCACCAGGUUAUCUGA